CUCUGUGCUGCCACCCCGAGCAGCCUGCCCUCAUCGCAGGGGGGCUGUACAGUGGAGAGGUGCUGGUCUGGGACACCAGCCGGACUCAGGACCCGGUGCUGGUCCAAACUGGGAUGUCAGCAGACAGCCACAGAGAGCCUGUGUAUACAGUAGCCUGGGUGCCCCUGCAAAAGAAAGGGGAGUUUGGGGUCCUCAGUGCGGGCUCAGCAGGACGGGUGCUGCUGUGGACGGUGGACUUGGAGCAGGCCCGGUUUGUUCUGAGCGCUGCCUACGCCUUGGUGCCACAGCAGCUCCCCCACAGCAGCGACAGCAGCUUCAAGGCCCGGGGCAGCAGCACUGUGGGGGUCACCUCCCUGGCUCUGUCCCCCUGGGACCCUGACACCUUCCUGGUGGGCUCUGAGGGGGGUCUGCUGCUCAGAUGCUCCUUCUCAUCCCAGACGCCAGCUGCUGUGCCCCCCGAAGGCCAGAGUGUGACCCUGAGGGCCCCCGCUGUCUUCCUGUUCAAGCCCCGCAGCGGCCCCGUCCACUCCAUACACUGCUCCCCCUUCCACAGGAACCUGUUUGUGAGUGCAGGGACUGAUGGCCUGGCCCACCUCCACUCCCUGCUGCAGGCCCCCCCGCUGCUCUCUCUCAGGGUCUCACACUCCUACGUGUUCCAACUGCAGUGGUCUCCAACCAGACCUCUGGUGUUUGCAGCAGCCACCGGACAAGGUGAGGUGCAGAUAUUCGACCUGGGCCGCAGGUCCCUGAGGCCGGCAGCCACCAUCGAGGGGGGGGGCGACCAACCGGCAACCUGUCUGGCCUUCAACCAUCGGAACCCCCACCUGCUGGCUGUGGGGAGGACAGACGGGAGCGUGGGCAUCUGGCAGCUGAGCCACGAUCUGACGGAGCAGGGCCCCCGAGAGAGCAGCCAGCUGGAGCAGAUAGCCAAUCAGGUGGCAGAAUGACUCGCUGCAUAGGACUGAUGUAUAUGAACUGUGUCGUCAAGACAAAAAACGAAAUAAAAACAGGAGGCGAUGAUUCCAGUUCUAACCAGUAGCGUUUAUUAAAGCACACUGCAGUUGUUGGUGUUACUAACAACAUUAGUUUGACUAUUAGGUUCUUAAAUUCAU